AUGCCACCAUAUCUCAAAGAACACAGGCACAAGUGCAUCUCCGGUCUGCUUCACAUGAUUCCAAUGUGCGCUCACCACCAAAAGGUUUCCCCACUACUCCCACAAAGAGACCGUUUACAAACCCCCAAUACGCCUAGCAAGAAUCGCCGUUACGAGGAAUCUAUCAGCAUGAAAAUUGAGUACGGCUGCAUGGAAGAGAUGUCAAGCAUGGACAUCACAAUCGACGAGCCAAUGAACGUUGUCGGUAAUGAGAGAGGACCCAUAUGUCUGGAGGCUGAACAAGCCACGCUUAAGGCCGAACACUAA